AUGAACCAAACUGUCGGGUUCCUGCUAUUAACUGUGAUUGCUUGUACUGUAAUUCCAAAGGCAGAGGCGCAAUAUUAUAAUCUUUACUACCCCUACUACUCAUAUUAUCCAUACUCGUACUACUACUAUUACCCUUCAUACUACGUGCUUGGAAAACGAUCGACCGACAACCGAAUGGAUCACAAACAGGUUGUGGGUGAUCAAAUGAAGAGAAUGACACGUGGAACUCAUCAGAAACCGAAUUGA